UACCUGUCUAUAUAAAUCGAAGUAGGAAAAUAAAAAGAUCAUGGGUCUAUUUUUAUCAAAGCUAACUACUCUGUUCGAGUCUUUUUCUUCUGGAUCACCAGCUAGAAUUGUUAUGCUCGGUUUAGAUGCUGCAGGAAAAACGACGAUCUUGUAUAAAAUUAAAUUGAAUGAGAAUGUCUGCACCAUUCCCACGAUAGGAUUUAACGUAGAGACUGUGUCACCAGUAAAGGGCGUGUCUUUUACUGUGUGGGACGUCGGUGGACAAGACAGGAUCAGACCACUGUGGAAACAUUACUACCAAAACACUGAGGGUUUAGUGUAUGUGGUGGACAGUAACGACAGAGAAAGAAUUGUCGAGUCACGUGAAGAACUGUUUGGAAUUCUACAAUAUGACGAGAUGAGAGGAGUUCCAGUGGUGGUUAUAGCUAACAAGCAAGAUCUUCCAAAUGCUCUAAGUACUUCUGAGGUGGCAGAAAUGCUGUGCUUGCACAAACUGACGUCACGAAAAUGGUUCAUUCAGUCCGCAUGUGCAACAACAGGCGAGGGAAUAUAUGAGGCUAUGAGCGAAUUAUCUUCUAUGGUCAAAGACUACAAAAAAUCACUGAAAUAAAAAUAAUACCUGUAUGAGAUCCACCACAGUGUGUUCCUACGAAAGCUACCCGUGUGUAUGCUAUCACCUGAAGCCAUGGCCAAGUGUGUAAUCUGCACCUAUGACAUGUACGUCGCAAGUAGACUGCAUCAUGUUUAACAAUGAUGAUCUACCAGUAAACAAUGUUCGUAACAUUUCAAAUCCAUGAUGAAUUUUCAAUCAUUAUUCUAUGGUGCAAAAUACAUUUAUUCCUUUGAAGGAAGCAAGAUUCGACUCGCAUUUUAUAUAUAUUGUUAUUUUGCAUUAUGUUUCUGUUUAUUGAAAUAAAAUAUUUAUGUUCAUCAA